UCCCAACAGUAAUGCAACCUCACCUAAAAAAGUUAGAUGCCUUGUUGAUAGCUACGGUUGUAUAAAUUGGCAGCCUGUUGAACUUCCUGAGGGGGAAACGCCAGCUUCUUUAGAGGAAAAGAAACACAUCUUGUUAACAAUUUUUAAUUCAGAAGGACCUGGAGCUGUGGAGAGACCUGAUGUGGAUGACUUCAUGUGCCUCACAUAUAUUUCUCAGUGGCAGCUUAUCAACGGUUGUCCCUUACUUUCAGUAGCUGAAAUUCAGGAGCAGUGGCCAUUCUUGUUUACUCGGAAAGGUCUUUCGAACCACUUUCACAAACUCACAGGCAUCGAUAUCAGUGAGCGCUUAGGUCAGGCCCUCAUAACCAAAGGCAGAAGGAUUAUUAACUAUUUCUCCAGCCAGAAACUCAAAUGGAACCUUGGUAUAAGGACACUCAUCCAGCAGAUAGAAAGUGAGGGAGUUUUGACCAACAACAAGGUUGGCACAGCAGCCAUACUUCUCAUGAUGAAGUAUUACAAGGAAGAUGAAGACUCCCUCUUUGUCUUAGCAGAUGAAACAUCUACCAGGAUGUCCCUUGAAGCAGAGAGCAACCUGCCAAUCACUCCAAGGCUGAUUAUGCUUGGACAAAAUUUAAUGACCGCCACCUGCUGGAUGGUGAGUGCAGAGGGGCGUGUAAUUGUUGAGCUGGACAAAGAGAACAUCUUUGCUGAUGCAAUGUCAGUCUUCCCAGGUUCAUUCUAUGUAUUGAACCUGGAAUACCAGGAGUCAGCGUGUGCAACAUUGGAACUAAUUCAGAGGUUUUUUGUAAGGAUAAACCCUGAAGAGGGAACAAAAUGUACCUCCAAGGUUGGGACAAGCAGAAAGACUGGGACCACUGUGAAGCGAAAGAUGAUCCAUGGCCCAUGCUUUCUGGACAUUUACACAAGACGAACAACAAUGAAGACAAGCUCUCUCACAAUCUUAGAAGAAGCUGUCUCUGUCCAAUAGGUUUUUUGAGUGCAACAGUUUUGAUUUUUUUCCCUUCUUUUACCCGUUUGUUUCA